GCCCCGCCUCCUGCCUGUGGGCGCGGACUAGGCAGCCCUGGCCGGGCGGAGGCGGGGCUGCGCAUGCGCCUGCCACCGGCGGCGGCGGGGCUCGUGGAGAGCGUAUGUGUGCGCUCGCCGCUCGCGUGUGGCGGGCAGCGCGCGAGGGGUCGGGAGCGUGCCGGCCUCCGGACGGGCUCGCGCGCUGGCCGCCGCCAUGUCCGCCAUCAUCGAGCGGGAGUUCCAGGAGAUCGACGCCACUAACGACUGGCAGGCGCGUUAUCUGGAAAUUCGACAUAAAUCCAGUGACUACCCUCACAGAGUUGCAAAAUAUCCAGAAAACAGAAAUCGAAACAGAUACAGAGAUGUUAGUCCAUAUGAUCAUAGUCGUGUAAAACUGCAGAAUGCUGAGAAUGACUAUAUCAAUGCCAGCCUAGUGGUCAUAGAAGAAGCUCAGAGAUACUAUAUUUUAACACAGGGUCCACUACCUAAUACAUGUUGUCAUUUUUGGUUAAUGAUAUGGCAACAACAAACCAAAGCAGUUGUUAUGCUGAACAGAAUUGUUGAAAAAGAAUCGGUGAAGUGUGAACAAUACUGGCCAACAAAAGAAGAAGAAGUUAUGACAUUCAGUGAAACAGGUUUCCGUGUGAGGCUAGUAUCUGAAGACGUCAAAUCCUAUUACACAGUACAUCUACUGCAAUUAGAAAACAUCAACAGUGGUGAGUCCAGGAUGAUCUUUCAUUUUCAUUAUACUACAUGGCCAGACUUUGGAGUUCCUGAAUCCCCAGCUUCAUUCCUGAACUUCCUGUUUAAAGUCAGAGAGUCUGGCUCACUAAGUCCUGAGCAUGGACCUGCAGUAAUUCACUGCAGUGCGGGGAUAGGACGUUCAGGCACGUUUUCAUUAGUAGACACUUGUCUUGUUCUGAUGGAAAAAAAAGACCCAUGUUCUGUAGAUAUUAAGAAGGUAUUACUGGAUAUGAGGAAAUAUCGAAUGGGACUUAUUCAGACUCCUGAUCAACUAAGAUUUUCAUAUAUGGCUGUAAUAGAAGGAGCAAAAUUUAUAAUGGGGGAUUCAACUAUACAGAAACGGUGGAAGGAGCUCUCUAAGGAGGACCAAGCACCAAGUUCUGAGCAGUCUCCUCCACAUGCAACCAAAAUAACCACAGAGAAGUACAAUGGGAACAGCAUAGGCCUGGAGAACAAAAAUCAAAUGGAGAAAACAAAUACUGACCUGUCCAAUAAAGUUCAAGAUAUCACAGAUGGAAACACUGAAAGUACUGUCCGAAAACGACUGCGGGAGGAUAGAAAAGCUAACACAGCACAGAAGCUGCAGCAGAUGAAGCAGAAGCUAAAUGAGACUGAAAGAAAAAGAAAAAGGUUUUUGAGAACUUAGCCCCACCUGAAGAGCAUACUGUUAAGUUGAUUAAUGUAUUCAGACUUCAACUACUGUUUCAAGGCCAACGUUGUUAAAAGUUCUGACAUUCCAUUAAAUGUGAAACGUAAUGUUUUGUGUGUCUAUAGAUUUUAAUUGCUAGAAAGACUAAAAUGCAUUUAUCAGUAUUAAGUGUAGAAAGCACACCAGAGGAAACUGUAGUUGGACUUGCAAGGGUGGUUUUCGCAGCAAACCAGUGUUGGUAGUGUUUUCCCAUACGCAGUACAGUGUGUUCAGCUAUACAAGCCACUUCCAUAACUUCACGGAGUCUAGAACUGCUUUUCAGGAUCUCCAGCACUGCAUUAGGGGAAUGAUGUUGAAACACUCAAUGACUAAUGUUUUGGGACAGCUGUGCUCCAGUCCUUUUAAAAUUACUGAGCACUCCCUUUCAGUUAGUUGGUCGAUAACACUUUCUGAAUAGGAAUUCAACACAAAUCACUUUCUGUCUUUUAAAUUCUCUUUGAAUGCAGAGAUGGGAUGUGGCUGUCGUUCAGGCUGUCAUUCAGGUUGCGACUCAGUACUAUUUCUAGUAGUGGACUGCAGUUUGAAACCCGGCUUUUAUGUAUUCAAGCAUUGCCUUGUUGGGUGAUUUCAGAGAAGUUGCAUUUUCUCCUUCCAUUUUCCUUGCUUGGUUGUUUUCUGUUGGGUAUGUGCGCUUGGGAGUUCCCUCCCCAUUUUUUUUUUUUUUAAUUCUUCCUUUUGUAAAGCGCUUCUUGGAUUUACUGGUGAAAAAUACUACAAGAGCUUCCUUUUGCUCCUUAUCCAAAGGAGUUAACUUGAAAGCUUUCCAGUACAUUCAAGCUCAGUAGUAACAUGCCAGGCAUGGGGCCCAAAUAGUCUGACAUUCACUACGCAAAGCUGAGUUUACUCUUUGAAAUUCUCAUUUCACAAUAGCUAAUACUGGUUUUGGACUACACUGUUAUAGUAAACAACUGUUGAAAGGGCCAGAUAAGAAAAACAAGUGCAGUUUCAUAGUUUGGGAAAUUGUGCGUCAGUAGAACAAGGCAGUUUCUCCUGUGGCAUUACCGACUCACUAUGCAGCUCUAAAAGCAAACCAACUUGCUGCCUGCAAAUCUGAAAAUGUGAAAUUUUAAGACACUUCCUGGCUUCUACAACCACAGUAACUCUGUAGCCAGCAAGAGGCUUGGCAAAAGAUUAAUUUUUUAAUUUAUUUAAAUUGAGAAGACAGGCUUUUCAGUAUCAACUGUAACUGACAGCAGGUGUAAAUGUGUGUGCCUUAUAAAAGAUAUUUUGGUUAUGGAAAACCACAUGGAAUGUAAUUAAACGCUUUUAUAACAGAAAUAUUCCAGAUUUUAUUCUAAAAACUUAAAAGCAUCUAAGGAAAAAGCGCAGGCAAAACCUUGACUGAAAUCACACUGCCAUUUAUGGCCUGCCUUUGCAUGAGAAGGAUUUCCUGAGCCACCAGCAUCUUACAGACCCUGAGCUCCAACUGUGGCUGAUUCCAUCUCCUAAAUUCUGGCUUUUUUGUUCUCCCGCUCCUGGGCAGGGGCUCCUCCUUUCUGGGUGGCGCAGGGCAGGAGCGGCCAUCUUGUAUCACCUCACGCUCUCUGACCUUGAUGCAAUACAGCAGGGCUUGCACGUUCAACAGUUACUAAUUUAAGAACUAAUACAAGUCUUGGACAAAACUAUUUUGUACAGUGAAUUGUUCAUGACGGUAUGAGCAUAGGACGUAAUUUAGAUCUCUUAGUGCAUUCCAGGACAUAAUUUGGAUAAUUUUUUUUUUUUCUGGUCUGUCAGUAAUCCUUAAAAAACAGAAUCUGAGAGAGGCUUGUUCUCUUUUCUGCAGACUGACUCCUUGUGCUACUUUGUUAUUCUAUAGAAUUUAGAGUUGUAGCAGUUGUGCAAAACUUGGACAUUAAAUAGGAACCAGUACAGGCCAAAAGGGAGAACCCUGGAUCCCAGUGACUUCUGUUGUAGAACUUGCUCAAAGGAAGAGUAAAAGGACAUGGCUUCUGACCCCUCUCCUGCCUCCCCCCAACCCCUGUUUCUGGCAAGCUGCUGGCUGGUCCUGUGCUACUUCUAAAAAGCUAUUGCACUCCAUUCAGUGUUCUUAUGUCGGGUUUUCCCCUCUGUUCUGGAAAUACAUCAGUCAAAAUACUUGAUGCCUAGUGGGCUGCUCUGAACUUGAUUAAACAAUGUUUGACUCUCAAAGGGACACUUGGGUACAAAUUGUGCAUGUUUUAAUUACAAAAAAAAAAAUUGCUAGCAAACAUUUGGACCUCCAUUGCAAGGGGGUUGCAAGUUUGGAAUGAGUCCUUUAGGUUUUCUGUUUGUUCUUGGUGCAGGGACAGUCCACUUGGAGUGAUGGUACAGCUAUAUUAUUCUUGAAAUGUGUGAAGAAUUGAAUUUGGUGUGAAAUAGAAAUUUGAAAAAAAUACAGAUUUAUUUUACAGAACUAAGAUGUUACAAGCGAAACUUAGCUUAUUCUGUUAAACCUUGAGUGAAAUGGUUUACUGACGCCGGUUUCUAUCCCUCUGAAAAGGGAAAAGGCGUAAAUGCAUGCGUGUGUGUGCGAUUGGAUUCUGCGGGUGCUGAAAAAGCCUGGCUAGCUUGAAGGUUAAUGAAUGUUAACCAAAUUAUUUAGUUUGCUCUUUGGCAUUAUAUUUAAACCUGAGACACUUGAGGACUGUACAAGAAACUAAGUUAACAAUGAGAAAAGAAAAAGUCUUCUGCCUGGCCGAGUGGCUAAAGUCAGAGGAUGGAAUGUGCAAAGUUGACGUAACGCACAGUAGUCUUCCUCAGCUUUUCUGUUUUCCAAAAAAGUUUUAGAUCAGUCUUUCAUUUUUAUGUAUGAAAAAUAAAUGUGUUCAAAAUCACAUCUCUGUCUGAGUCUUUAUUUAAAUUGAAAGGAUAAAUACUUGGAAGAAUUUUUUUAAUGUAUCUGAUCAAGGAGAACUGCUUUAUGAAUCAGUGCAGUGCUUGUAGAACUUAGAAGUGUUUUACUUGUAGCAGCUUGGAUGUCUGGUGCUGUAAGCACCAAGGUCUUUUUCUGUGUUCCUCAGAAUAGAGCCUUACCUUCCCUUAGCACAGACCACCUAGUGUUAGAAUGUCUGCCUCACUGUGCGAACCCUUUGCCUAGAGCACUUGUUUCUGUGCUGCUGUGCCUGGACAGGCCCGCAGAGCCAUGAGAGGCAACAUUGGUGUUGUUGAGGUGCAGCUUCCCUGAUCUCACUAACGGCCCAAGGGGACUGCUGUGGUGCUUGUGGUUGAAUACGAGGAAGGGGUUUGCUGGGCUGAGACCUGU